AUGCCGUCGGAACGCGACUACCAAAUCUCCCCCAUUGUGCAGGAAUCCGUGAUGCACAACACAAAGACCCUCUCGAACCUGCAGAGUCUGACGGCUUCUCUUUUCGGUGUUGCGGCCGGCAUUCUCGGUCUUGAAUCCUACAACGGCUUCUUGUUUUACUUCCUCUUUUCCUUCCUGACGGUCGCCUUGUUCUACGUUUUCCGGAUCGCUCCCGAAUCGACGUCAGCAGGUUUGCCGUUUCUCAACACGAGCCGCUACUUCAAGGGACCAUUGGACGUCUGGACGAGUGGGUUGUUUGGUGGGCUACCUGGCUUCAUCCUCACUUGGACUUUAUUCUACGGCAUCGUGAGGGCAUAG